AAUAAAUUUUCCUAUUUUGGGCUACGAAAGAGACCCAUAAACCUAAUAGGGAUACGUGAAAGAAAAUAAACGAGCACAUACAGUAAGUAACUUGAAAUCCUUCAAUUUUCGAAUGAGUGUCGCUGCGCUGUGCGCCAACUCCGUUGACAGGGACUCGUCCAGUUGUCAACAAAAUAGGUUCACCCCGGCACUGAAGGUGGCGACACAAAAAAAAAAAAAAAAGAGUUAUAAAUUCCCUCUCUUUUCUCCCUUCGCCUUCUCUCCUCUUCCUGCUCAAACACAGAGCAGACGCCAUCAACACUGUUUCAUUAUCACUCUCUGUUGUCCGCCUCUUCAUCCCUUUCCCUGCUGCACUCUUCCUCCAAAGGGCCUUACUAGGUCAAUCGAAAUGGUUGCUCAUCAGCCAUCUGAUGAUAUCAAGGAUCACGGAACAUUCUCUAACAGGAAAGGGGGCAGGGUUCGAUGCAACUACUGUCAGAAGGAGAUGCAAGGGUUGCGCCGCCUCAAGUUCCACUUGGGAGGUGUAAAGGGAGAUGGAACAACUUGCCUUAAGGUUCCUGCAAAUGUCAGGGAACUAUAUCAGAAUGAGAAGUUUGAAAGGAAGAAGCAUAAAUAUUAUGACCUUAAGAGAGAUAUGCUUUUGUUGGAUCCCUUAAAAGAACUUCCUCAGAAGAGAAACUGUUCCCAAAGAUCAUAUAACUUCAAGGGAACUAGACCUGAAAGUGAUAGUCUCAUUGGCAUCAGUACCGCAAAUUUGACUAGUUUCCAGGAAAUUAUGUACUCGACAACAGGAGAUAGGAGGUCGGAGUACAAGAGUUACCAAGAAGUGAAAGGAUCGGUUCCUCAGGCUGAAGUGACAGAGUUGCAAGAUUAUGUGAAGAGAACCAAGCAAUCAUGGUCCAGCACUGGGUGCAGUAUCUUGCUGGACACUUGGAGGAAUGGACAAGGCCAAGACUUCGUUAUUUUCCUGGUAGAUUGUUCCGAGGGUCCAAUUUAUCUGCAGUCGUCCAAUGUAUCUUCUUUUAGUCUUGACAGUGAUGCCAUACAAUCAAUGCUAAAUAAGGUCAUUGAGGAGGUUGGAGCCCAGAAUGUUGUUCAGAUCAUUGCUUGCUCAACAGCUGGUUGGUUAGGGACUAUGGAGAAGCAGUUUAUGGAAAAAUGCAAGACAGGGUUUUGGACCGUGAGUGCAUCCCACUGCGUUGAACUCAUGCUCGAAAAGAUGGCAUUGAUGGACUCAGUCCAACCUGUACUGGAAAAGGCAGCGAGCCUCACGAAGUUCAUGUGGAAACAGAAAGACAGCUUUCCCCUACUUGACAUCAAGGACCCCUUCUCUGAGGGGAAGUCGGCAGCCAUACCCUUCAUGACUCUUGAGAACAUCGUAGCAGAAGAGGAGAAACUGAUCACCGCAUCUGAGUGGAAAGCCUCAGUUUGGGCUUCAACAGAAGGGAAAAUGGUGUACAAACUUUUCCGGCUCCGAUCUUUCUGGAGCGAAGCGAGGAUGGUUCUGAAGGCAAGUGUGCCGCUGGUUCGUCUCUUGGCUCUGAUUCACAGGGCUGACAAACCACUUAUGGGGUACAUUUACGAGACCAUGGACCGGGUGAAGGAAGCAAUUAAGAUGGAAUUCGAGGGCAAGACGUCAGAGUACAUGCCCUUCUGGAAAGUAAUCGACGAGAUAUGGGAUAAACAUCUCCACAGCCCAUUACAUGCUGCAGGCUAUUAUUUAAACCCGAAUCUUUUCUAUUCGAGCAAUUUCCACCUUGAUACAGAGGUAGCCUUUGGCCUCCUUUGCUGCAUAGUUCGCUUGGUUCGAGAUGAGAAUAUGCAGGACCAGAUAUCUCAGCAGCUCGACGAGUACCUACAAGCCAGAGGUGAUUUUGAAGAGGGGAGCUCCAUCAGAUGCAGAGACAAACCUCCAUUGGAAUGGUGGUCCAAGUAUGGAACAGAAUGCCCUGAGCUCCAAAGAUUUGCAAUUUAUAUUCUAAGCCAGACCUGCGAUGGACCGUCAAGAUAUGGCCUGAACAAAGAAAUGGCUAGGAAGCUGCUGACAAGUGAAAUGAACUGCGUCGACCAGCAAGAACAAGCGCAGUUGCGGGAGUUGACAUUUUAUCACUAUAAUCUGCAGCUCCUGUACUCUAAGAAGCACCGCGGGGAGGGCAAUAGUUGCUAUGAAGACCUUGGUGGGGAGUAGACAAGUAUAUAUGCUCUUUAUUAGGUCUUAGCUGUCAUAUCAUUGUUAGAGCAAUCAUUUUCGAUAGAGGAAGACAGGCAAUAUACAAAAAACCAUUGUCGUAAGAUAACUAAAGGAACAAAGACACAACCUUAUUGGUUUAUUAUUGCUUAUCUGUAGGAAUGGAUUACUAUCCCAUUGGUUUAGGCAACUGAAACGAGGAGAAUUCGAUUGUGUUUUCAGUCUUUGCAGGAGCAUCAUGUGUAAUGGCACAGCGUUGAAUGAUAGACAAUUGAUGUGAUCUGACCUCUGGUUUCCGAUCAAGUUCCAAGGCCGGAAUCCCUUUUAGCUGUGUUAAUUUAUCCGUGUAAGCAGACAUCUGCAGAACAUAUCGAGUUUGAUAUAUAUGCAUGGUGGACUAUCCGCAAUGUAGGACCAAUACUGUAGGUUCUGUCUAAAACAGAGUUGCCAUUGCCCCUGCAUAUACUUACAGGAACAGUAAUGGAUGACUGUCUUUAUUAUAGAAUGAAGAUUAGUAUCUUUGCUCUGCGAAGUAGCGAGAAGAAGAGGUUCCGG